AUGGACGGUACCGGACAUUGUAUCAAAUGCGAUCAACAAGAUUCUGCCGACAACAUGGUUGGCUGUGACUCUUGUUCUGCUUGGGCACACUUCGGAUGUGUAGGUGUAAGUGAUUCCAUCGCCAACUCGGAUCGAAGCUGGAAAUGCGACAAUUGUAAAGGCGAUGCAGUAAGUCGCCAUUCAGUUGCUAGUUCGCACACAAGUAGCCGAUCUAGACGGGCGGAGAUUCAACUACAGUUGAUAGAGGAACAGCGUGAACUGAGACUGAAGCAGCAAGCAGAGGAGGACGCGAUCCGGCAAAAACGCAUCUCUGAAGAGGAUGAAAUGCGAAAGCGCAGGGCAGCAGAAGACGAAAGGUACCUGAGGGAGAAGGCGGAGCUUCAAAUGAUCGCGGAAAGUAGUGAAGUAGGGAGCAGGAAAAGUGGGCCUUCUAUUCGAGCAACCCGUGACAGGCUACAGCAGUGGUUAAUAGAUCAUCCACCAGUGGUGCAAUCGGCACAGAUAGUCAGUGAAAUCCAACAACCCGUUACUUCUGGCCCAAGUACGUCGAAGCAAUCUGAAGAACCCGACGGUUCAUCAUUGAUUCCGCAGUCCAGUUCCACGCCGCGGGCAAAUCAGCCAGGGCACGUUAUUUGUAGUGCGUUUGAAAUCCCAGCAACUAUAACCCAAUCGACACCUACGCCGGUGACCACUGGUGUAUCUGGUACAAUAAUGACGCAACCUCCAGACGUCCUUACGCAGUCUUACGCAGAAUCUUCCAUUCUAUUAAUGCAAUCGCCGAAUGUUCCCGUAUCCGUUGGAAUUUCAAGUACAGUAUCUAAUGUAGUUCUAACCACUAGUGGUAGUUUACAAUUAAGUAAAACUGAUAUACCGAUAGCUAGUACCGUUAGUUCACAAGGUAAUUUACUAACUCACGUUACUUUGGCACCGAUAAUGGCUACUACUAGUUUUAAUCAGUCACAGUUGAAUCAAAACGUACCAUACAAAAGUCCCUCGCCCGCAAUGCCUCCGCCAAGCGUACCGCAAUGUGCGGUCGAUAUAUUCAAUAUCUCUUCAACAAAUCCAGUAACAGCAAACAUGUCCUGGAAUAUAAGCUCAGUUCAUAGUGCUCCUAGAGUUACGAUCCCUCAUUCCAUUACCAACCCUCUUUAUGGGGGAGAACUGCCGUCUCUCGUACCCCCUGCAGUUAAUAACAACUCGCGUGGUGUGGGACUAACGUCUCUUGAAGCAAACGUGCCUAAUCAUAAUGUUGUGUAUGGCACAGGAUUACCAUCUCAGGUUUCAACUUCUGUCUCUAUGCAGUCAACGUACAGUGUGGCUAUGUCCCAGUGCAAUCCAGUGUUACAGUCAGCCGGUGUUAUUCCAAGCUAUCCACAAUUGUAUUCGUAUCCUAGGAUGAGUACUGCCGUUACCUCAAAUACCCAGAGCAUACAGGGACCUUCCACAGCGCAAAUAGCAGCACGCCAAGUCAUUCCGCGAGAACUACCCUCGUUCUCCGGUGAUCCACGUGAGUGGCCACUCUUUUAUAGUUCCUUCCGAAACAGUACGGAAACAUGUGGUUUCACAAACGCAGAAAAUCUCUCAAGACUACAAAGAAGCUUAAAGGGGCAGGCACUAGACUCAGUUAGAUGCCGCCUGCUGAUACCGGAAUCAGUGCCGUCGGUCAUGGAAACGCUACGACAACUGUAUGGUCGACCGGAGAUUCUUAUUCACACGGUACUGCAAAAGGUGCGCGCAGUCUCUCCACCUAAGAGUGACAAUUUACCCUCGCUCAUUAACUUCGGCCUGGCGGUUCGGGACGCGGUGGAUCAUAUGAUCAUGUCCAACCUGCAAGACCACCUUUGUAAUCCCAUGCUAUUACAAGAACUCGUGGAAAAAAUGCCAUCGCAAUUGAAGAUGCAGUGGUCUGUCUAUAAGCGAUCGAAAUCCGUAGUCAACCUGGCGACGUUCGGGGAAUUCAUGUCUGAAAUAGUUCAAACGGCGUCUGAUGUAACCAUCCCAGAGAUAAUAGAUGAUCCUGUCGUGAAAGCUAAGAAUCGUGAUAAGCAAAAGUUGUGCCUGCAUGCACAUGCGGCAAUGGAAGAUCGAGGAGAGACCGAAGAUCAAAUAUCGGGAAAGAAAGGUUGCUGCUGCUGUAGCAAAUUAGACCAUGUGAUAAUGAAUUGCGAAGAGUUUAAAGAACUGGGUGUCGACGGUCGAUGGAAAAUUGUAAGACUGAAGGGGCUCUGUAAGAUGUGUCUUAUCCCGCACCGAAGGUGGCCUUGUCGGUCGGGAAAGGAAUGUGGAGUAUAUGGAUGCCGCAUUCGUCACCAUGAGCUCUUGCACUCUGGCAAUGUGAUAUCAUCGGGCAAGCCAGAUAGAAUCACAAGUGAAACCUCUCAUCACAACCAUCACGCGUCCGUUCCCCAUUCACUUUUUCGAUAUCUUCCGGUUACCAUCCACGCAAAUAACCGGAAAAUUAAUAUCUUCGCUUUCUUAGACGAUGGUUCCUCAGCUACACUUAUUGAAGAUAACAUCGUGGCAGAAUUAGGAAUCACAGGUCCAGUCGACACACUUCUUCUAAGCUGGACUGGCGACGUAACGCGCGAAGAGACAAAUUCCAAGCGAAUCAGUGUAUCGGUUUCGGGGCAGAUGGGGCUGAAACAGUAUAACCUUAAUAACGUACGCACAGUAAGCGCAUUGAAGCUGCCACCGCAAACAUUACAGUACGAGGAACUUACAAAUAUGUAUCCGCACUUGAAAGGCCUCCCUAUCCGCAGUUAUUCAAACGCGAUUCCAUCCAUGAUAAUUGGUGUGGAGCAUGCCCGUCUUUUAACGACGCUGAAGGUACGAGAAGGGAAAGACCACGAUCUGAUUGGAGCUAAGACACGACUAGGUUGGUGCGUGUUCGGUAAGACUUCGAAAAAAGCGGAUUUAGUAGAGCGACUAGAAUUUCAUGACGACCUUAACAAUCGGGAGCUUCAUGAGCGGAUGCGACAAUUCUUUUUAGUUGAAGAAGCCGUCGUGACAAGGGAUCUUACACCGGAAAGUGAAUUGAAAGCUCGCAAAGUACUUGAAGCGACCACUAAGCACGUUGGCGACCGGUAUGAGACGGGAUUACUCUGGAGGCAGGAGGAUCCCGUUGUGCCUGAUAGUUACUCGAUGGCUCUUCGAAGAUUGGUUUCUCUGGAGAGAAAGCUUAGCAAGAAUCCAGAGCUCUAUAAAAGUGUUCAGGAACAGGUCACGUUGUAUGAGCAGAAAGGGUACGCUCAUCAAAUCACCGAAAAGGAGCUGAAAUCCACAAAGCCUGGUAAAUCUUGGUACCUACCGCUGGGGAUAGUUCAGAACCCGAAGAAACCAGGAAAAAUACGGUUAAUCUGGGAUGCUGCCGCACGAGCUGGUGGGAUGUCCUUCAAUGAUAUGCUGCUCAAGGGGCCUGAUAUGUUGACAUCGUUGACGGACGUUUUAAUGCGGUUCAGUAUGCGCAAUGUUGGGGUAUGUGGAGAUAUUCGUGAAAUGUUCCACCAAAUUCGCAUCCGGGAACAGGAUAAGCAAUUUCAACGCUUUCUGUGGCGGAAGUAUCCAGCGGAAGCACCACAAAUUUAUGUGAUGGAUGUAGCAACUUUCGGAGCGACGUGCUCACCAUGCUCAGCACAAUAUAUCAAGAAUAUGAACGCUCGAGUAUGGGAAAAAUCAUACCCGAAAGCUUCCGAAGCGAUUAUCAAUGCGCAUUACGUAGAUGAUUUUCUGGAUAGCGUCGAUACAGCAGAUGAAGCAGUGGAAUUAGUUCGGGAUGUGCAGUACGUUCACCAGCAGGCCGGAUUCGAGAUUAGAAAUUUCUCUUCCAAUGCCCCGGAGGUAUUGGACCGUCUGGGGGAGUCGAGGGAACCAUGCAGCAAAACCAUGAAUUUGGAGAAACCCAAACAUGUGGAAAGAGUGCUCGGGUUGGUAUGGCAGCCGUCACUAGACGUCUUUACGUUUGACAUCGGAGGUCAUGCAGACAUUCGAAAGCUCAUUGAGAGUGAAGUCGUGCCAACGAAGCGCCAAGUACUGAGAACGAUUAUGACACUGUUUGACCCUUUAGGAUUCGUAGCUCAUUUCACUGUAGGCGGGAAAAUUAUCAUGCAGAAUGUGUGGAAAUCUGGUACAAACUGGGACGAGUGCAUUCCGGAAGAGUUAGUGUAUGAAUGGCGCAGAUGGGGUUAUAUGUUGUUGCAACUGGAACAAGUGCAAGUUCCUCGAUGUUUCUUCGGAGGUGUAGAUGGAAAGCAACUGACGAAUAUGCAGAUUCACAUGUUCGUAGAUGGAAGUGAGAACGCGAGUGCUUGCGUGGCAUAUUUGCGGAUCGAAGAUGGAGACUUUGUACGGUGCGCCUUGGUGGCGGCAAAAACAAAGGUGGUUCCGUUAAAACCACUCUCAAUCCCUCGUAUGGAAUUGCAGGCUGCGAUGAUAGGUAGUCGUCUACUAGAUAGUGUUUGCUCCGCUAUGACUUUGCCUAUACGGCAGCGGUACCUGUGGUCCGACUCUUCCACGGUUCUUUCGUGGCUUCGGUCAGACAGUCGUCGAUAUCACCAGUAUGUAUCCUGUAGAGUAGGGGAGAUAUUGACUCUGACAAACGUCGACGAAUGGAGGUACGUGCCCUCAAAGCUAAAUGUUGCCGAUGAUGCGACCAAAUGGGGAAAUGGCCCUAGUUUCGACCCCACAAGCCGAUGGUUCGCAGGACCAAGCUUCUUGUUCCUUCCUGAGAGCCAAUGGCCCGUACAAAAGCAAAACGUCUAUACGGACGAGGAGCUACGACCUGCACAUCUCUACGUGCAUGGUUCUGUCGUCAGUCAGCCGCUCUUACAAUUAAAUCGUUUCUCCAAAUGGGAGAGGCUCCUGCGUACUGUAGCAUUUUUGCUGAGAUCAGUGAAGCGGUUUCGAAAAGAAGUAGUGUCUGGACCACUCACCAGCGAAGAGCUUUUCCAGGCCGAGAAUCGAUUGUGGAAAAUAGUGCAGGCAGAGGUAUAUUACGAAGAACUACGGAUAUUAAAACACAAUAAGGGAAACGGAGCCGAAAAUUCGCUACAGUUGGCGAAAUCGAAUUCAAUGUAUAAGUUGUCGCCUUUUCUGGACGAGUAUGGGGUGAUAAAAAUGAAUAGCAGAGUUGUAGCUGCAGCAAGUAAGCAUCUACGAGUUGCCCAUCCCAUCAUACUACCGAAAAACCACUACCUAACGUUAUUGCUUGUCGACAGCUAUCACCGUCGCUUUCUUCACGGCAAUAAUGAAACGGUGUGCAACGAAAUGAGGCAGAAAUAUCAAAUUUCGUCAUUGCGGCGCGUCAUUAAACAAGUUUCCCAGAACUGUCAGUACUGUCACGUCUACAAGGCUGUGCCUAAGUACCCGAUGAUGGCACCGUUGCCAACAGAAAGGCUUACGCCCUUCAUUAAACCGUUUACACACACAGGGAUUGACUAUUUCGGACCAAUCCUGGUCAAACAAGGGCGCAGCCUGGUGAAACGCUGGAUAGUCUUAUUUACAUGCCUGACAAUACGUGCGGUGCACUUGGAAGUUGCCUAUAGUUUGUCGGCACACUCUUGUAUCCUUGCUAUCAGGAGAUUUGUUGCUCGUCGAGGCGCUCCUCAGUCAUUCAUGUCCGACAACGGGACUAACUUCGCAGGGGCGAGCAACAUUUUAGAAGCGCAGUUAAAGAAAAUUGGCGAAGAAUGUGCGGUGACAUUUACUAAUGCUCAAACUUCUUGGCAUUUCAACCCACCGUCUGCACCACACAUGGGAGGUUCGUGGGAGCGGCUAGUGCGAUCCGUAAAGACAGCGAUGAAGGCAAUGGCUAGUGACGAAAUUUUGGAGACGGUAGCAUUAGAAGCGGAAUCGAUCGUCAAUAGCAGACCUCUAACUUAUAUUCCCCUAGAUACCGAACAACAAGAGGCUCUAACACCAAAUCACUUCCUUCUAUACGGAUCACAAGGAAUCAAGCAACCAAUAAGUCACUUGGAGUAUGAAGGAGGUACCCUUCGAGAUAGCUGGAAAUUGGCGCAAUGCCUGAUAGAUCUAUUUUGGGAAAGAUGGAUAAAGGAGUAUAUUCCUACGAUCACUAGACGUACGAAGUGGUUUCAUCCAGUGAAGCCGCUCGAGCCUGGAGAUUUAGUCGUGGUGGUAGACGACACUCGGAGGAACGGGUGGGCUAGAGGACGAGUCAUAGAAGCGGUGAAAGGUGCAGACGGUCAAGUCCGGCGUGCGCUGGUUCAAGUCAAGGAUGGGUUACUAUGGCGACCUGCUGUUAAACUGGCUCUGCUGGAAGUACAUGCAGAUAAGAACGAAGGAACGAGCCAGAUGACUGACCUAGUUCCCGAAACCACACGGGUGGGGGGAUGUUCACAGUAA